CCACCUACCACCCAAGGCCACUGGUGAAUGUGUGGACAGGGAAAGGAAUGAGGAAGUGUAUGGCAGGAAAUCGGGCAGUGUGCCAAGACUGCCACUGACCAAUCAGCUGCGAGGAAGUGAGGCUUGUGUGGGGCUUUUGACCAAUCAGAGGAGAGGGAUGCCACUCAGUGAGGGAAGGAAUGCUGACCAGCUGGUGGUUGGGGGCGGAGCUUGCCUAACUUCCAGUCACAGUGUUGUAAGGAGGAGGAAAGCAACAAUGGUGGACCAAUGCCCUGGAUUUUGGACUUACCUGGGAUUGACCUUUGCUCUCAUGACCUUUAUCUCAUGUCAACCAGUAAUGGGAAUUGAUGUUUAUAUUUUCCCUGAAAGUGGUGUCAUAGAAGUAGGGACAGACUUGAACAUCUCUUGUGUCUUGAGGAAUGAGACUAGAGCCGAGGGAGCAAUACUAACAUCAGAUAAUAUCACCUGGUAUAAAGACCAAGAAUUGAUUCCACCGGAGAAUUAUCAUAUAGUAAACGAUACUACCUCACUUCUUGCCAUUGUAAAUGGUAGCUUGGCGGAUACAGCUACUUAUCACUGUGUUCUGCCCCCAGACGCUGACGACGUUGGUGAAGCCAGGAGUUCCUUCGUUCAGGUUGGAUAUUACCCCCAGCCCGCCAAAUCACUGACAUGCUUCAGCCAUAAUUCAAUGGACUUUCAAUGUGAAUGGGAACCCGUACCUACACAUAUCGCCGACGAGACUCAUGUAUUUCAAUACUAUUUCCGUGGAGAAUAUAAAGAAUGUCCAGAACUGAUUUCAUCCACCGAGUGUUUCAUAGGGUACGAGCAUCACACCGGGUCAACCCAAGAGAUCCGUGUCAGGUCAUCGAAUGCUCUUUUACCCGAUGGAGUCUAUUCCUCAGUAAGGUUCAAUCCAGACACAGAAACCAUUCCUCUACCUCCUCGAAAUCUAAGCCUGACAUCAAGGAGUGCAACAGUUCUCCAUGCAUCCUGGGAGUUGCCGGCCACUUGGGAUCCAGAUUUUAAGUUUAUGUUGGAAUAUCGUCUCCGAUGGGCUGCCGAGUCCGACCCACAAAAUUGGCUCGGGGAGUUACAUGUUCCUACUGGUUCAUCAUAUGAUAUUCAUCAAUUAGAGCCUUACACUAAUUAUUUUGUUGAAGUGGCCGGCCGACAUAAAUACAACUUUGAUCAAGAGUGGUCAGAUUGGACCAACCCCGAACAGUGCAGAACUGAAGAGUCUGCACCUGUUGGAGUUGUCCAGAACCUUCGAACCACCGACUCAAAUGGGACUAAUGACUACGAGAGAAAUGUUUUCAUCUCAUGGGAGGCUGUAGAAGAGGGUAAAGCGAAUGGUCUGAUUCUUGGAUACUUUAUUAAAAUCAUCCCUCAUCCUUUGUACUGUGCAGAACAACAGAUCUUCAGCGACACCCUCAAUGAUACUCAGAUCAUGGUGGAAGGACUAGAGAAGUUCUGUUCCUAUACUGUGGAGAUAACUGCAUUCAACGCCAUCGGACCUGGGCCUGUCAAACAGAAAGAUAUCCCUGAUGCGACAACAAAUCCAUUGCCACCUAGUGUUGUGACGGCAGAGACGUUAUCUUACCAAUCUGUGUUGGUUAGCUGGGAUGAACCAAAACCUGCCAAGGGUUACAUCAAUAAUUACACUGUCUCCUGGAUACAGUCUAGAGGGCAAGACACAGGGCAAUCCAGGGAUGUUCCUGCAUCCAGUCUUUCUACUGUCAUUGAUGAUCUAGAAGGCUACACCCUCUACAGUUUCAAAGUGUCUGUCACCAAUAAGAUAGGAGUCAGUGGUUGGUCUACAGACGUACAGGCUAAAACAGAAGAAUAUAUCCCAGAGGCAUCUCCGACCAACGUUACCGUCGAGCCAAUCAUCGACAACCCCACCAGUCUCCAAGUAAACUGGAUAGAUGUACCUGAAGAGUUGGCUCAUGGCCAAAUACGGGGCCACCACCUUUACUAUUGCCAUGUCGCCGAUGAUAGUCUCUCGGAUCCAUCAUGUCAGCUGAAAUGUCUUGACAAGCAAGAGUGGCAGACUUUCUUGGAGACUGUUCCCAAGCCAGUGACGUUGACUGGUUUAGAUCCCUUCUCACACUAUCUCAUCUGGGUUUCUGCAUACACCAGUGUUGGAGGAGGGCCAACGACGGGAUGUCCUUCGACUGGACGAACAAGUGAAGGAUUACCCAGUGAACCUGUGAAUGUAACCAUCAUAGGGUCAAACGCUACAUCGAUAGGUCUGACAUGGUCACCCCCUCUGGAACAAAAUGGAAUCAUCCGCAAUUACUCAAUUUUGGUGAAGAGCAAUUCUUCCUCAGAUCAACAGGAAUUCUUUUCUGGGGGAGCACAGACCUAUUUUGUGGAGGGACUUUAUGGAUAUGUCCACUAUUCCCUUCAGGUGCGAGCCUGUACGACCAAGUGUGGAGCUCCCUCUGAUGCAGUAUACCAAAAAACAGAAAUAGGAGUUCCACAACAGCCAGGAAGCCUGAUGGUCCAACCACUAUCUCACAACAAAGUUCAGUUGAGCUGGGAGCCACCUGCUCAUCCCAACGGACCAAUAGACCACUAUCUGGUGUCCUACCACCACAUAGAACCAUCAACUCCCAGACCCAAUGUCCAUCGACGGUCCGCACCACUGGUCACCACCACCCUGGCCAACAGCAUCAAUGACUGGCAUGAGACAACAGACUUAACAAUGGACAUGGAAGUUGACUGUAACCAGGCUCCCUUCUUGUUCCAAGUUGUGGCAGUGAAUGUCAUCGAUGGAUCUACACUAGUUGGAGGAGCAGCAGAGUUUGAGCUUUCUGAAUGUAUUGCACUUGAAACAACUUUGUCACCACUAAUCUGGCUGAUUCUGCCUGGGGGUGCCAUUCUUCUCUUUUCGCUGUUGACCAGUUUGUACUAUGUCCAGAGUAAGCUAGGCAAGUCUUGGCCAGACCCAGUUUACACAGACAUGGUCAAAAAUAAAAAGGACAUACAGUCGUUCCCUCGACCAAAAACAGCUGAAGGGGAAGAUUUUGACACAAUCCGUACUAGCUGUCCAGCAGACCUAGACGUAGUUGUAGUGGCUGAGGAAUAUCCGUCCCAACCGUAUCAGUGUCCCAUCCAGAGAUCCCUGACGGACCAACUAACGGACUCACUGGACAUCAAAGGUGGUGGGGGUAAGGAAGCAUAUUCGAGAACUCUAAGCACUGAUAGCGGAGUCCCACCCUCCCCACAGGAUCACAUGGACUUCUCCAGCUCGGAUGAUGUCUUUCAUGCUGAUGACUACGAUGAUGUCAUUCAGGACACCUACACAUUUAGCAACCCCAAGGUGAUCAUUUGCCAAACAGGCUUGGGACCAAAAGGAGGGCAUUUUCCCAGGAGGUCCAUGUCUCUGAGCAGCUGUGAUGGAGGUCUUCCAGCGAUUGAAGAAGACAAACACUUGAACCCAAUCUUGGAGAAGCUUCCGGGUAAAGAGACUGCUGUCAUCGGUGAAGCUUCUGGAACUACUCUAGAAGAAUGGUCAGAUGCUGAUGAGGAAGAAGAGGCAACAGACUACAUGCGCAUCUCAAUGCUGUCUUCCCCUCAUAAGAAGCCUCAAGUUCAAGUUGAAGACAAGUCUUUGCCGUUCAGCCAUAGCAAACUUGAUGGCACUGCAGAAGCACCUAUGGAUUGUAAGUUCGGACGAGUGGGAUCUGACAGUGGUUAUCACAGCAUGGCUUCAGACUCGGGGUAUGUCAGAAAUGACAUGGCAUAUAUGACAUUUGGAGUAAAUAAAUUAACCCAGGAGACAUCAUUCAAGUCAACACCUAAUGAUGACUAUGUCCCUAGUCCCAUUAACUACUCAGUUCUGGCAAUUUCGCAAGCAGGACAGCGGCACGAUAAUUCUUUUGAGCAGUCUUUGACAAGUGACCAUGUGAGCGAGGAGAAUCUUGCAUAUUCAAAAUUGGGUAUGGCUUCAAAUAAUGUUGGCAAAGGGAGUGACUUGAGCACUCUAACUUUAGAUGAGCAACCCUCUUCUCCACCAGGUGAUCAGAAAGACAUCAUAGGUUACGUCAAGCUAGGAGAAACCUCACCUGAUGACAAACACCACAUUGAUGCAGGAACAGACAUGGGUUUGCAGUCUACCUGGACUGACUUCACCUCACCAGCUCCAUCCUCAUUUUUGUCUGAUUAUGUAAAAGGAGUCGAUUUGCAUAAAGUGUUACAAAACACUGGUGAAUUGUCUAAAUCUUCUGUAUCGCCUGAACCACCUAACAGCAACCUUGGAGGUCUAUGUAAAGAUUUGCCAGAAAUUACAUUGGAAGAGACAAAAGCUAAACAAAAAAGAGCAGUCAGAUCCAGGACAGACUCAUCAUCUUCGUCUUCGGGUUAUGGAAGCGACCACAAAGGCCAGGUUUCUGGUUACGUUGUUGUCUCGACUCUGCCUGAGAAACAGUCUGACAAUUACGCUAAUCUUGCUUUCACUUCCUCCGAGUCGGACACAGAUUCUGAUGAUGUUACAACUAAAUCACCAAAAUCAACCCAUCCUCAGGAUGGGCAUAAACUUGAUAGCCCUUCCCAAUCUGCAGGUGACGAUGAAGAAAGUGGAGAAUGUGAUAAGUCCUUUGUCGAGUACAUCAGGAACGACAGCUUUGGGAUUGGGUUUGUGAAUGAUUACCCAAGUCAUUCAAAGGGCAACGAUAAUCUUGGUUUUUCAUACUGCAGUACAACUCCAAGUUCAUCCUCGAAAGGACAGCAUUCAUGUCUACUAGAACACCAGUCAAGGAGCAGCAAAGACAUUCCUGGAUAUGUUUCCCACAGUGCAGUUCUUGGAGAAGAAGCCAAAGGCAUCUCAACCAGGGCUGAAGGAUUAUCUACAGCAAAGACAUGUGAUAUCUAUCAAAUCCCCAACAGGGAAUCUCGCAAACUAGAAAGUACUGGGGCUGAAUUGGUUGAUGGGGAUGAUGGGUAUGUCCAGUUUGGUGGAGACUCUGGAUAUGUUCUUCAGGUAUUUGAUGAAAAUAGGACAAAAGAAAAAUACAUGCCUAUGUCUCCCAUUUCAAAAUCUCAAAGUGGUAUCCAAGAAGAUUGCUUAUAACCUCAUGUUGGCAUUUACCAUUUGAUCAUGGGGUGAUGCAGUUUUUCAUCAAUCUUUGUCAUCAAAUGAGCUUUCAGAUCUUUGUGACAUCAUUGACAACUCGUAUAGACCUUAUAAGUAUGACAUCAUAAUAUGAUAGCGUCCUCCCUUAGAGGAUAUAGGAAUACAUGUAAAUGUAGUUGUCAGAGAUGCGGCAGCUGCCGAUGACCAACGCAUGUAAGACAAUGGCUUCAUCCUCUAGGAUGGUGGCAUGAUAACUUCAAUGCAUAAAUUCUGUUUCUGUGACAACCAACAGACAGUGUUGACAGGGCUGACAAGCUUCAUGAAGGGAUGCCCUGAGUUCGCAAGAGUACUGUACUUUCCAGUUUAUCUGAGCACAUAUAAUUUGAUUGACUGUAAAUAUUUUUACCAUCUGUCUUUUGUCUACAAUAAUGGAAAAUUAAUGUAUGUUAUUAUCCUUUCUACAGAUAUUAUAUUGUCUAAUGUUUACAUCUGUACAGUUUGACAUCAUAGAUGUUGUGUGUAUAUAUGCAGUAAAUGAAAAAUGAUUUCUUUGUACUUUUGUGGAAGCCUUGAAGUAUUUUCAUCAUUAAUAUUUGCAGAUAAAUCCGUUUCUAAAUUUAAUAAUCAAGUAAUAAUUUUAAGAUGAGUAGCAAUGUGAACAUGGCUAUUAAAUUGUGGCUAAUGGUAUCUGUAGCACAGCGGGAGAAGGCCAAGGCGAAAGGUGCAGCCCAGAAGGAGAUGAAGCAGAAGGCAGCUGCCGCUAAGAAGGCAAAGGCAGCACCUAAGAAAGUGAAGAAGCCAGUAAAGAAGACUACUAAAAAGACACCAGAGACACCAUAUUGUGCUGCUGCUGGCUUGAACUUAAGACACCAAAAUAGAUUUCAAAAAUAGUGAGCUAUCACAAAAAGAGUAAAUAAUGUAGAAUGUGUUUUAAGGGUUUUGGGGGACUUUAAUUAAGGAUAACAUGACAAGAUUGAGUUUGAAUCAUGCGAAUAAAGUCAGUGGUUUCAGUACUAACAAAAAGCCAGUACUAGUACAUGUACAUCAAAAACGUCCAUUGUAGUACUGGUCUGUCAGUUGUCUAUGUUAUUUUUUUUUAUUAGGGCCCUUUUGAUUAAACAUUUUAUCAAUAAUUGAGAAACAGUAUUUGCUUUGAACUACUGAAAACCUUGAAUUUUAAUUGGUUAUAGCAGAUUAGUCAUAAGGUUAAGACAAGUAACUGUUUGCCACAGUUAAUUUUUAAAACAAGUCCUAGAUUUAUUUGUAUAUAGAUAUAUAUAUGGAUAUAUUUUCAGGAUUUUUUUACUGCAAAGUUUCUGAUUAUAUUAUUAAAUUUUUAUGUUUACUUUUUAUUAAUCACUGGAAUUAUCAUUGCAAUUUUGAUUUUCUUUUAAAUUGUUUUUCGUCAAAUUGCCCGUCGCACUUCAUAGCAACGAAUUUCAUGAAUAAUAUGAGCUUGAUCGCUAGGACUUUUACAUUGAAGAAAAUAAAAAUUGUUGUAUAUAUUUUGUACAUAUUUUCACAUCAUGUUUAGGGUGACUCGGGGUAGAAAAUAUUUUUUUAUCAAAAUAUGACCUUUUGAUAUUUGGCCAGUUAGGUGUUUUGUUGGAGUUGUGAUUUCUUUGAGGUACUUAAAAAUCAUUCUGGACAGUACUAUCAUCUUUGUUCCAAUCAUAAGAAAAAAGAGGAAAAAUGUAAGUUAAUUAAAUGACAAGUCCACCCCAACAAAAACUUGAUUUGAAUAAAAAG